ACCGCCUCUGGGUCGAGUCACGUGCCACUCAAAGAUGGCUGCACCCAGACAAGUUGACUGAAGAUUGCAGUGAGCUUUGGUGGCUGAGGAAGCCUAGAGGAAGCACCUACUUCUGGGAGGAAAGCAUAAGGCACAGACCUUCUGGGGAAAGAGUGCAACUCAAGAUGGAAAAUCAUGAGCCAGUUCAUACUGUCAAGGAAAAACAAAUUUUUGAUAUCAUAACCAGAAAAAUCAAUCAACUUCCAGAAGCAGAAAGGAAUCUACUUGAAUAUGGAUCAACAUAUAUUGGACUUAAUGCUGCUCUCUGUGGCCUAAUAGCAAACAGUCUUUUUCGGCGCGUCCUAAAUGUGACACAGGCUCGUAUAGCUGCUGGUUUACCAAUGGCAGUGAUCCCAUUUUUGACAACAGAAGUAUCUUACAAGAGUUUUGUAAGUUUACCAUUGAAUACAGGUGAUCUGAAUUGUGAAACCUGCACCAUAACACGAAGUGGAUUGGUGGGACUUGUUUUUGGUGGUCUGUACCCCGUUUUCUUGGCUAUACCUGUGAAUGGUGGCCUAGCUGCCAGGUAUGCCUCAGCCCUGCUACCAGAGAAAGGAAACAUCUUAACCUACUGGAUCAGAAUUUCUAAGCCUAUCUUUAGAACGAUGUUAUUUCCUAUUUUGCUCCAGACUGGAUUUGCAGCAUACCUUGGUUCUAGACAGUAUAAACUGCUUAUAAAGGCUCUUCAGUUACCUGAACCUGGCCUAGAAAUUAAGUGAUUGUUAAACAAACAUGUACACAAAAUAAAAUGUAAAAAUAA